UGCACAACCACACACGUUGUUUCCAAGGUUGUUUCUGUUUACAAUUUUAUGCAACUUUCAUGCUUUGUGCUUAUUUCCUGAAAAGUUAUGUAUUUGAGCUUUUGCAGUUCAUCAAUAUGAUUUCUGUCUGAUGUUUUUUAAUUAUAAGUUUUUAUUCCUUCCUGGAUUCAGUUUAGUACAGAAAACAACUAGUUUUCUUCCCCUUCUCAAUUAUGUCUCGAAUUAUUAUCAAAAACCUGCCAUCCACGGUGACAGAGAAGAAACUGCGAGAAGUUUUUGGUGAAAAAGGUGACAUCACAGAUUGCCAGUUAAAAUAUAAUAAAGCUGGUGUUUUCCGAAAAUUUGCAUUUAUUGGAUACAAAACAGAAGAAGCUGCUCAAGCUGCUAAAGAAUAUUUCAAUAAUACAUUCAUAAAUACAUCUAGAAUUCAAGUAGAAAUUUCUACAAAUUUAAGUGAUCCUAACAAACCAAAAUCUUGGAAAGCACUUCUUCAGGAGAAGACUGACAUAAAAAAGAAAUUUGAAGCUGAAAGUAAAGUUCAGAACGAACAAAAAUCAAGCAAAAUAAAGAAUGACAUUAUACCUGAUGAGCUCAAAAAGGAUGCUCAGUUUAAAGAAUUUUUAGCUGUUCACCAAGAUCGUAAAUCUAAGCCUAUCUGGUGUGAUGAUACUGAAGAAUUCCAUGACAUCCAAUCUGGAUCUGCAUCUAGUGAUGAAGAUGAUACAGCUAAGGAUUCAUCCGAAGAACCUGUUCAUCAAAAUACAGAUGAAAAUAAGAGUGGAAAAUCCAAAGCACUGUCUGACGUAGUGAAGGAAACUAAAUCAACUAAGGUCUUUAGUGAUUUGCAUACUGUCAAACUCAGGAAUUUGCCUUUUUUGUGCAAAAAAAAAGAAAUAAAACAGUUCUUUCACCCUUUAAAAAUUGAAAGUCUUCGUUUACCUCCUAAAAGCAAAGGUUUUGCUUAUGUAAAAUUCAAAACAGAAAAAGAUAUGAAACAAGCUUUAAUUAAAAACAAAGGAUUUUUAUGUGGACGAAGGGUUGACGUCAUAAAAUACAUUAAAAAACAACCUGUUGUUGAUACAAAAGAUAGUAUUCAGAUUAAAGAAGACAAAGAAAAAAGCCUAGAGCAACUUGCUGAGACUGGACGAAUUUAUGUUAGAAAUCUGUGUUACACUGUUACCAGUUCUGAAAUUGAGGAAUUAUUUUCAAAAUAUGGACCGAUUGCUGAAGUUAACUUGCCUAUGGACUUAUAUACUAAGAAAGCACAAGGAUUUGCAUUUGUUUCAUAUGUAUUUGCUGAGCAUGCUGUGAAAGCAUUCUCUGAAUUGGAUGGUACAGUGUUUCAGGGGCGCUUACUUCAUUUAAUUCCAGCCAACCUCAAAAAAGAAUACAUUAAUGAAAAUGAAACUAAUUACAAGAAGAAGAAGGAAGCUAAAAUGAAAGCACUUAGUGGAAGUUCCCACAACUGGAACAUUCUUUUCCUGGGGAUGAAUGCUGUUGCAGAUGUUAUAUCCGAGAAAUACAGUGUUGAAAAAUCCAAGUUGCUAAGCGGGGAUUCAAAUGAAAGUGUUGCUGUUAGAAUGGCUUUAGCAGAAACUCAGAUGGUGAUGGAAACUCGAAAAUUCCUUUUGGACAAUGGUGUGGAAUUGGAUGCUUUCAGCCAAGCUGCAGCAGAAAGAAGCAAAAAUAUUAUUGUUGUAAAGCACUUGCCAGCAAAAACAUCAGCUGAAGAAAUGAAAGAACUGUUUUCAAAAUAUGGAACUGUAGCAAGAGUUAUCUUGCCUCCAUCAGGAAUGGUUGCUUUAGUUGAAUUCCAAGAACAGUCUGAAGCAAAAUCAGCUUUUACAAAGUUAGCUUAUUCACGGUUUCAUCAUCUUCCUCUUUAUUUGGAAUGGGCUCCGAUAAAUGCACUUAAAGAACCUUCUGUUCAAAAUUCUGAGCCUGAUCAAACAAAAAAAGAAAUUUCAGAACAAGAGCAAGUUGAAGAAGCAAAAAUUGAUGAUGAAGAACCUCCUCCUGAAACUACAAUUUUUGUUAAAAAUAUAAAUUUCAAGACGACCCAAGAGAAUUUUAAAAAGCAUUUUGAACAGUGUGGACCGAUUCAUUAUGCUGCCAUAUCUAUGAAAAAAGAUGUUAAAACUGGUAACAUGUUGUCCAUGGGGUUUGGAUUUGUUCAGUAUAAAAAAAAGGCAUCUGCUACAAAAGCAAUUCAAAAUUUACAGCUUUCUAAACUUGAUAAUUAUAGCUUAGAAGUUAAGUUUGCUAAUCGAGCAACCAUUCCAUCUGCUGCAACGUAUAGGAAAAGAUCAGAAAUUAAAAAGCAGCUCACUUCAAAAAUUUUAGUUAGAAAUAUUCCUUUUGAAGCAUCAGAGAAAGAAGUCAAGGACCUAUUUAAGGAAUUUGGAACUCUCAAGUUUGUAAGACUCCCUAAAAAGAUUGGAAGCUCUGGAGAACAUAGAGGCUUCGGAUUUGUAGAGUAUGUGACCAAAAAUGAUGCUAAGCGAGCUUUUGAGGCCCUCUGUCACAGCACUCACUUGUUUGGUCGAAGAUUGGUCCUUGAGUGGGCCAAUCCCGAAUCAGAAGACAUCGACGAGCUGCGGAAGAAAACUGCAAAAGAUUUUAUUGGCAGCGGUGGACCGAAAGCGAAAUUGAAAAAAUCGAAGUUGAAAGAAGACGUUGUUUUAGCAUCUGCUCGAUGACGAUCAGAGGAAUAAAAAUAGGUGACAUGUUCUUCAAACGUGUGGAGAAAAUUUGUAAUUUAAUGUACAGAAACUUUAGAAUAAACUUUUUAAACCCCGU